UAGCGCUGCACAGAGCGGCGCCGGAGCUGCCGGGCAUCGGCUUCCGGCGGUGCCUGCAUCAUGGGGGUGCGCUUCUUGGAGGCGGCUGCGAGGCUGCUGGUGGGCACUUGCCCGGGCCAAGCUCGGUUCCUGCUGUGGACGCUGAGCAGCUGCCGAGAUGGAGAAUCUGCAAAAGGGAGGAUAUGUCCUUACUGCUUCCAGUUCCUGGUUCCCGACAGCUACCGGGUGCGGCUCAAGCCAAAGAUGAAAGUGACACCACAGAUAGAGAAAAUUCUUAAGCGAGAGGCAAAGAACUACAAACUCAAUAUGAAACAGAUAAAGCUUUUGAAAAAGUAUAGGGACUCCAGAAGUGUUCUGCUUGUUACUUGUAACUCAUGCAACAAAACAACAAGAUUUUAUGGUAAAAGCAGAGAUUUUCUGGCUACCAAGACCCACAAUUUGAGCACCCCAACUGCUGAAUCUAGCCUGAAGACACCAGAUGUAAAAACCCAGUCUGCAAACAAAGCGACACCUGCAAGCUGCAGUAGAUUGGGAUCCAAAGGGAGCACUCCUUCAUCACUUCCCAGAACUUCUCUAUCUGGACGGGCAACAACCGGUUCCGUUUCCAGGACUCCACGAAGCUCCAAAUUUCACUUUACUAAGCUAAAACGGAUGCUUAACUUAGAAGAAAAAGAGAAAAGCCAGAAGGUGGAUUUGAAAAGCUUCCUGACUUUACUUUAGUUACUCUUUUUUUCUGUGUAAUAAUAAUUCCAGCUCUAAGUACUGUUCCAAUUUUAAUAUUUUAAUAAAUGAGCAGUGAUUUUCUUAUGAA